UGCGAGAGCAUCCAAAAAUUUUAGAGAUAGGCAACUGUUGAGAAAAAAAGAAGAAAAUGUCUGAAUCUAUAAAAAAAGAAAAUAGUGGGCCAGUUUUUCACAAUGCCCUCUACCUUAAGCAUGCAGGCCAUCCUACUGUUUUUGGUACACCCACCAUCUAUUUUUUCUUCUUCUGCAAGAAAUGCUGUAAGGAACUCUAAAGAGUCUUCAGAUUUGACCAGCAUCUAUGAGAUUCUUAAUGACAUUGAUUCUGAUGUUCAUUCAGGUCUCUUGGAUUUUGUUAAGAAUUGCACAUUUCUUGGACUUGCUGAUGAAGUUUUUGCAUUGCUACAGCACAAUCUUCACUGUACCUAAUGAAUGUGGUUUCUGUGGGGAAUUAAUGUGUCGACAAGCCAUACAUCAGUUUUCCCAUUUCAAUGCCAUCCAACUUAGUGAACCAGCUCCUCUUCAUGAAUUGUUGACGAUGACACUGAAAGAAGACGACUUGGAAUCCAUGGAUGAUGAGAAUGAUGGUCUAAAACAGAAGAUAGCGGAAGUAAAUUGGUUAUCCUUUGCAGAUUAUGGGCUUUAUAUUGACAUAAAAAUAUUCUCAUGUCAUUUGUUUAUUAUCUUUAACAGUUUCUUUCGCCAGGUGUGACCACAUUUAAAAUCCUUCAUUCUAUUUUGCUUAAGCAUGGGCAGAAUUUGUUACCAUCAGAAGAAGCCAAACAAUUGUGCCCGAGUAGCUGGAAUCAGUAAAUGGUCACCCACAAUGGAGUGUCCUGAUUUUCUUCUAUUGGAAGGAUUAUUCAGCAGUGUGAUUUGACUUCUAUCAUGGGGCAUUUUCGUGGAAGGGCGAGGAACCACCGGGUCGUUUACUCCAAUCAAAGGCAUUUUUGACUGGUUCUUGAAGAAUA